CCACGUGUGGCCAAUCGCCGGGCGGCUCGCACGGUGUGCCGAUGGGGGCGGGGAGAACCCGCCCAAGCCGGAACAAAAGCCGGAUCCGGGUGGCUGCGGGAGGCUGGAGCGCUCCGGAAGGUAGGCGGCGAGUUGGGCCCUGUGCACCCAGCACCGCGCACGGCCUUUCGUAGAGAGCAGGUAGAGCAGGGCCGUCCGCAGCCAUGUCGGCCAAGGCGAUUUCGGAGCAGACGGGCAAAGAACUCCUGUACAAGUACAUCUGCACCACCUCGGCCAUCCAGAACCGGUUCAAGUAUGCCCGGGUCACCCCUGACACGGACUGGGCCCGCCUGCUGCAGGACCACCCUUGGCUGCUCAGUGAGAGCCUGGUAGUCAAGCCAGACCAGCUGAUCAAACGGCGUGGAAAGCUGGGCCUCGUCGGGGUCAACCUCACCCUGGAUGGAGUCAAGUCCUGGCUGAAGCCACGGCUGGGACAGGAGGCCACAGUUGGCAAGGCCAGAGGCUUCCUCAAGAACUUUCUGAUUGAACCCUUCGUCCCUCACAGUCAGGAGGAGGAGUUCUAUGUCUGCAUCUACGCUGCCCGAGACGGGGACCACGUGCUGUUCCACCAUGAGGGUGGGGUGGACGUGGGUGACGUGGACGCCAAAGCCCAGAGACUGCUCGUCGGCGUGGACGAGAAGCUGAAUCCUGAGGCCAUCAAGAAACACCUGUUGGUCCAUGCCCCCGAAGACAAGAAAGAAAUUCUGGCCAGCUUUAUCUCCGGCCUCUUCAAUUUCUAUGAGGAUCUGUACUUCACCUACCUCGAGAUCAACCCUCUUGUAGUGACCAAAGACGGCGUCUACGUCCUGGACCUGGCCGCCAAGGUGGAUGCCACUGCCGACUACAUCUGCAAAGUGAAGUGGGGUGAUAUAGAGUUCCCGCCCCCCUUUGGUCGAGAGGCUUAUCCAGAGGAAGCCUACAUCGCGGACCUGGACGCCAAGAGUGGGGCGAGCUUGAAGCUGACCUUGCUCAACCCCAAGGGGAGGAUCUGGACCAUGGUGGCCGGAGGUGGCGCCUCUGUCGUGUACAGUGAUACCAUCUGCGAUCUGGGAGGUGUCAACGAGCUGGCGAACUAUGGGGAGUACUCGGGUGCCCCCAGCGAGCAGCAGACCUAUGACUAUGCCAAGACCAUCCUCUCUCUCAUGACCCGCGAGAAGCACCCAGAGGGCAAGAUCCUCAUCAUCGGAGGCAGCAUCGCAAACUUCACCAACGUGGCCGCCACGUUCAAGGGCAUCGUGAGAGCGAUUCGAGAUUACCAGGGCCCCCUGAAGGAGCACGAGGUCACCAUCUUUGUCCGAAGAGGCGGCCCCAACUAUCAGGAGGGCUUACGGGUGAUGGGAGAAGUUGGGAAGACCACUGGGAUCCCCAUUCAUGUCUUUGGCACGGAGACUCACAUGACGGCCAUCGUGGGCAUGGCCCUGGGUCACCGGCCCAUCCCCAAUCAGCCGCCCACCGCAGCCCACACCGCCAACUUCCUCCUCAACGCCAGCGGGAGCACAUCGACUCCAGCCCCCAGCAGGACAGCGUCUUUUUCUGAGUCCAGGGCUGAUGAGGUGGCACCCGCCAAGAAGGCCAAGCCCGCCAUGCCACAAGAUUCAGUCCCAAGUCCAAGAUCCCUGCAAGGAAAGAGCGCCACCCUCUUCAGCCGCCACACCAAGGCCAUCGUGUGGGGCAUGCAGACCCGGGCCGUGCAGGGCAUGCUGGACUUCGACUACGUCUGCUCCCGCGACGAGCCCUCGGUGGCCGCCAUGGUGUACCCUUUCACUGGGGACCACAAACAGAAGUUUUACUGGGGUCACAAAGAGAUCCUGAUCCCCGUGUUCAAGAACAUGGCCGAUGCCAUGAAGAAGCACCCGGAGGUAGACGUGCUGAUCAACUUCGCCUCCCUGCGCUCCGCCUACGACAGCACCAUGGAGACCAUGAACUACGCACAGAUCCGGACCAUCGCCAUCAUCGCCGAAGGCAUCCCUGAGGCCCUCACGAGGAAGCUGAUCAAGAAGGCAGAGCAGAAGGGAGUGACCAUCAUUGGACCUGCCACUGUUGGCGGCAUCAAGCCCGGGUGCUUUAAGAUUGGAAACACCGGCGGGAUGCUGGAUAACAUCCUGGCCUCCAAGCUGUACCGCCCCGGCAGUGUUGCCUACGUGUCGCGUUCGGGCGGCAUGUCCAAUGAACUCAACAAUAUCAUCUCUCGGACCACGGAUGGCGUCUACGAGGGUGUGGCCAUCGGCGGGGACAGGUACCCCGGCUCCACGUUUAUGGACCAUGUGUUACGUUACCAGGACACUCCAGGAGUCAAGAUGAUUGUAGUUCUUGGGGAGAUAGGGGGCACCGAGGAAUAUAAGAUCUGCCGGGGCAUCAAGGAAGGCCGAAUCACCAAGCCCGUGGUCUGCUGGUGCAUCGGGACCUGUGCCACCAUGUUCUCCUCCGAGGUGCAGUUCGGCCACGCUGGAGCUUGUGCCAACCAGGCUUCUGAAACCGCAAUAGCCAAGAACCAGGCUUUGAAGGAGGCGGGCGUGUUUGUGCCCCGGAGCUUCGAUGAGCUUGGAGAGAUCAUCCAGUCCGUGUACGAGGAUCUUGUGUCCAGAGGGGUCAUCGUGCCUGCUCAGGAAGUGCCGCCCCCAACGGUGCCCAUGGACUACUCGUGGGCCAGGGAGCUGGGCUUGAUCCGCAAACCUGCCUCGUUCAUGACCAGCAUCUGCGACGAGCGAGGACAGGAGCUCAUCUACGCGGGCAUGCCCAUCACCGAGGUCUUCAAGGAGGAGAUGGGCAUCGGCGGGGUCCUCGGCCUCCUCUGGUUCCAGAAGAGGUUACCCAAGUACUCCUGCCAGUUCAUUGAGAUGUGCCUGAUGGUGACGGCCGAUCACGGGCCAGCCGUCUCCGGGGCUCACAACACCAUCAUCUGCGCUCGGGCCGGGAAGGACCUGGUCUCCAGCCUCACCUCAGGACUGCUCACCAUCGGCGACCGGUUCGGGGGUGCCCUGGAUGCGGCAGCCAAGAUGUUCAGUAAGGCCUUUGACAGCGGCAUCAUCCCCAUGGAGUUUGUGAACAAGAUGAAGAAGGAGGGAAAACUGAUCAUGGGCAUCGGUCACCGAGUGAAGUCGAUAAACAACCCAGACAUGAGAGUGCAGAUCCUCAAAGAUUACGUCCGACAGCACUUCCCUGCCACUCCUCUGCUUGACUAUGCGCUGGAAGUGGAGAAGAUUACCACCUCGAAGAAACCAAACCUUAUCCUGAAUGUAGACGGUUUAAUUGGAGUUGCAUUUGUAGACAUGCUUAGAAACUGCGGGUCCUUUACUCGGGAGGAAGCUGAUGAAUAUAUUGACAUUGGAGCCCUCAAUGGCAUCUUUGUGCUGGGAAGGAGUAUGGGCUUCAUUGGACACUAUCUUGAUCAGAAAAGGCUGAAGCAGGGGCUGUAUCGUCACCCUUGGGAUGAUAUUUCAUAUGUUCUUCCGGAACACAUGAGCAUGUAAACGGAGCCAGGAACCCUGUUACAGUAAAGUGAAGACAAGAACUCCUCCCCUGGGAAACAGCCGCAGACAGCUGGCACUGGCGCUUACUUAAAGGACGGACCUAGAAUGUCAACAGCUGCUGGUGUACAGGCACCGAAAACAAUACCCACAGGCUAACACUGUUCAGUCUACACAAAGAAGCUUGAUUUUUUUUCUUUUUAAAUAAACAUAGAAGUAAGAACCCAGUCAAUGAUUGUGACAUUUGCUCUGCUACCUGCUAUAUUUAUUAUAUGGAAGCAUCUAAGCACUGGCAGGAGAGUGUUUUGCUCCUGUAGGGCAUAAUGAUAUUGCUUUCUUUUUUGCAUUAGUUAAAAUGUUUUUUCCCUUGGAGGAAAGGAAUGACGUUUUUAAGAUCUCAAGAUACUCUCCAUUUAAAAGGCCUCGAAUGUCUUGUUUUUCCAUUGCGUUUUUCUUCCUCCUCAUAUAACCUGAAGAACAUUGUAUUAAUCUGAUUUUUUUUAAAGGAUCUUUUUGUAUGUUGUGUGUUAAAAGAGUUUGGUAUCCCCCUGAAAUGUUCUGUACUGCCGACCAGUGUCUCUUUGUGUCAGGGGGUCGGGACCAUUGCACCCUUUGCCAUUGUUAUAAAAUAUGCAGAGCAGUAAUUUAAAAUGUAAAGUUGUAACAUACAUAUGUUUAAAACAGAAGUGCAAAGCAAAAAGCUGUGAAAUGUCUUGUCUUACAUUCUCUGUAUUUAUGCAGCUGACUUGUCUGUCUGUUACUGACUAGUCUCCAGCCAGUUUGCAUCUGUAAUCCACAAAGAGUCUGGACAGCUGCCACCUCAGUCUCUCCUCUGCAUUAUCGUAGUUUGGUUUAAAUAAACUAUAUCAUAACAAUGAAGGCA